ACAUAAAAGACUCGACUGCAUCACAACCGCAUUCAGUGCCCUAGGGUGAAACAAACAAAAGCGCUAUUCAAGCCACCAGCGUGAAAUAUUCAAAACAGAUGAGGCUUGAGAAGUUUCAUCAUGGCCGAUAAGAGUAAUUGUAGAAAGAUUGGCCUUAUUGAAAGGCUAACUUGUAGCGCGUGUAAGGGCUUCUAUAAGAACCCCAAGCGUUUGCCAUGCCUUCACGCAUUUUGCUGCCACUGCUUAAAGAAAACACAACGCGGGACAAAACUCUGCGAAAGAAUGAGGUGUCCUACAUGUGAUUAUGAACUCGAUUUGGUCGAUUCUGUUGCGAUAGAUGCUUUGCCAGUACCUUACUACAUCAGCCGAGUGCAGGAAAUAGUGAGAUGCCAUCGCGGAAAGCUAGAAUUGGCUUGCAAUAGUUGUGAGUUGAAUGAAAUAGCGUCUUCUUACUGUUUUGAGUGCAGGUGUCUCGUUUGCGUUAACUGUAUUGAGAUACACGAUCACAUGAAAAGUAUGAAAAGCCAUCGGAUCAUCGACUUGAAAGAAACGCAUCCAGACGAUUUGAUAGAAAUAGUUCAAGGAUUGAAUAACUGUAUGAGAAGUACACACGAAAACGAAGUUAUAAUCUAUUAUUGCACUGACUGCCAUGAAUGCAUCUGCGAGAAGUGCAUGAUGGGAAGUCAUUUGAACCACAAAGUUUCUAAACUCAAGGAAGCAAGGUCUAACUGCAAGAUCGAAGUAUCUAAAGGAUUCCAGAAGCUUGAAGAAAAGACUAGGAGUGUUCUUGAUUCAGUACAAGUAACUGAGAAUAGCUACAACAAUGCGGUAAAGAAAAUUGUCGAAGCAAGAAAAAGAGUGCGUGAACAUGUCAGUGGUUUAGUAAGGGUGUUACGUGACCAUGAGCGUGACAUGGUCUCUGAGCUUGACCGAGUCCAGAUAGAUCUGCGUAACAGUAUUUUAUCGAAAAAGAAAUCCCAGGAAACCCAUCUGAAGCAGUUGUUAAGGGCAACUGAGUCCAUCCAUGACGUCAUGGCCAGGGAACUUGACAUUGAAUUACUCGACCUUCAGCGUGACAUCACAAAAAGAAUGGAAGAAUUAUUGAACAUCCCAGCGCCAAAUCCGAUUGAUCUACGAGUAUACAUCGACUAUAAUGGUAAUGAGGAGAUUAUAGACUUUCUGAAAAAAUCGGAUUUCGGUCGGCUUGACGUCGGUUUUACCGACCCAAGGUGCUCAGAAGUGAAGAAUGAAAAUCUCAACGAAGCACUUACCGGAGCUGGUGAGCGAAUGUUCUUUGACGUGUUGACGAAAGAUUCCGAAGGAAACCCGAGCUACUCCGAGAAUGACAACAUUAAUGUACGAAUCAAAUCGGACCAAAAUAUAACACUGACAGCAAAGAUAAGCAACAACAAAGAUGGCACGUAUAAAGUAAACUACACCCCCCUGAAAACAGGUACGUACACUAUCAACGUGACGGUACGUGGCGAGGAGAUCAGGGGGAGUCCGUUUAAGGUGUUUGUGGCGACAAGGGCUGAGUACCUACAGGCUAGCAUGCUCAGCAUACGUCUUGAGUCAAGCUUUGGUGAAUACCAGACAAUGGUACCACUAGGAUUCCUGGAAACAGGUCAAGUACCGCUCAGACGCCCUUGUGGUGUUGCGGUAAGCAAACGUGACGUCAUUGCCGUGGCUGAUUCCUGGAAUAGCCAAAUCAGAGUCAUAAACUCAGAAGGCGGGAUUCUGAGAAUUCUUGGAAAUUCCAGCGAUCAGGCUAUGAUGGUCCACCCAAUAGAUGUUGCAUUUGACGACAAAGACAACAUAUUAGUCACCGAUAGCGAAAAACACCGAGUUCUAGUGUUGAGACCCUCUGGGGAGUGUAUCAAGACGUUUGGUAGCAGACAUCUCAAAUCUCCAUUGGGCAUUCUUGUGGAUUCUUGUGGUAACGUAGUAAUCUGUGAUUAUGGCGCUCGGAGCGUCAAGCUCUUCACAAGUCAUGGCAAUUACAAAUGCGAAUUCAAGAGCCCAGAGGUGAAUGCCCACGGCAAACCACCACGGCCUUGCUACAUAGCAGAACGCAACUCUAAGUACCUAGUGUCCUACGAUAACGAUACGAUCCAAGUAUUCGAUCCAUCAGGCGAUUAUUUGUACUCGGUGGGCGGCACGGGCCACGGGGAGGGGAGGUUCCGUGAGCCAAGAGGCUUACACGUGGAUGCUAAGGACAGGUUGUUUGUCUGUGACAGUGGAAAUCACCGAGUACAAGUUAUGGCACCGGACGGGUCUGUCCGGAUGUUCGGGACUCAGGGGGGAGGGGAGGGGGAGUUUGACCGGCCUCAAGGAGUGACUGUGAUGGAGAAUGGUGAUAUUCUUGUGACCGAUAAGAUGAAUAACAGGGUGCACACCUGGAAGAUGGCUGAUGCAUGGAGCUAGUAAGGUACUACGAACAGAUGCCGAACACUCGAAGGCGCUUCUUCUGGUACCAAUCUUGUACAAAGUCUGUUAUUGUACAUGUACUUUGUUUAAAAAAAAGCUCAACAGCAUCAA